AAAUAAACAAAUAUUAAUAAUAUUGUAAACUGCAAAAAAGUAUAUUAAGAAAAAACAAAACAUUCAAUUAAAAAACAUAAAAUGAUUUAAAGAACACUCAAGUCCAUUUUGAGAAAUAAGGGGGUUCCUGCUUAACUCCUUUUGAUAAAACCUUAUCAAUUUAAUUUUAGCACCGUUAAAACAGAAAUGAAGUAAUAUAAAGCCGAUAAAAUAAUUCGCGAUACAAAUUCAUAAGUCAUCUAUGAUAUUUCUAAGAAUCAAUCUGAAUGUUGGAAUUGCAAUUCUCGCAACUUUUAGUCUAAUCUUUUUAUUUGUGGUUCUUGCUAGCAUUUACAAGACCCAUCAGAGAGUAUAACUUCAAUGAAUUAUUUCAAGUUAUUUGAAAUGAAUUUAUCAUAUGAAAUCGAUCACUAGGAAUUAACAUUACGCUAUAAAGAUUUGUAAAAGAGUUUUCACCCUGAUAAGUUUUAUGGCUUAAGAAACCCUAAAAUCAUCAAAUUUAGUGAAACAUAUAGCACUUACAUCAACGAAGCUUAUAGUACACUCAGAGAUGAUUUAAAGAGAGCUGAAUACUUAAUUGACCUACUCACUCAUGGCUAAAAAGCAGAUCUAGAGAAUAAAAUCGAUGAAAAUAAGAAUUUUUUGCAUGAAAUUAUGAUGGAAAGAAUGGAAAUCGAAGAAUGCGAAACAGAGGAAUAGCUUUAAGAAAUAUAAGAAAGGUUGCUUUGCUAGUAAAAAGAAAUAAAUUCCAAAAUAGAUAAUUGUUUAAAAUAAUAAGAUUAUCAAAAAGCAACUGAAUAUUUAGUUAGAAUGAGAUAUAAUUAGUCUUCUUAAUAAUCUAUUAAAUCUAGAUGUGAACAAAUGAUUCACUAAAAAUGA